AUGCUUUGCUUAACUUUUUCUUGGCCUGAUACGCCGCCCCUUCUGAAGGACUUGUACAAUAUAUUGGACCGACUUGGCAAACACAAUGGUGGACAACCUGACCUUAAACUUUUUUCGCCCAGAUUCGCCCCAGUUAUCCCUGAUGAUUCGAAUACAAGGAUAGCCUAUUCCUACAUCAGCCUUUUAAUGUUUAGAAGAUUUUUGUCGCCAAACAUUCUACCCCUGUACGAGGAUGACCAACAGCAAACUAACCUGACUUUACCACAAUUACUUAAACUUUUUGGAGUGCCAGAAAAUGAAAGAAGUGCAGUUUUAGAAUUAAUUAUGCAAGUUUCUGGGGCAGAAAAAGUCAUAACUGACACCCUUAAACGGAUGAAUAACUAUACGAAAGCCAGUGAUGCUGAACGUUUACAACUAGCAAAGCGAAUGAGUGAACUAAACAGAAAGUUGAGCAACAGUUUCACAUUAAAACAAAAAGCCGAUAUUGACCAGAGGAAGUAUACUUUUUUAAGCAAAAAGCAAAUGAUUACAGUUUUUGGCGAAGAAGGUCCUUACAACAUAUCCAGUCUACCGUUUGAUGUUGAUGAGUAUGAUAAGUGGACUUUUGUGGAGAAAAAAAAAGCCUUGUUUAAUACGAUAAGGACUAUGGCGGAAUGGAAUAAACCAGAAGCAGAAAAGACGACAAGAAAAAAACGACAGAUUACAUUAGCACCAUUUAUGUUUUCCCCUCCGCUGUUUCGGCUUGUCAUUCUCAAUCCAGUGACCCUGUCGCCAAAUAUUUUUUCACCAAAUAUUUUCGCUCCACUUUUGUUAACUCCACUAAUCUUGGCCCCACAGGCUGGAAGUCCUCGGGUAUUCUCGCCAUACUUGUUGAGUCCAUUCAUAUUAUCACCGCAGGCGAUUAGUCCCAAUGUUUUUUCACCUUAUGUUUUGUCUCCAAACAUUCUGAGUCCAGUGGUUUUGACUCCAAUAGUGUUCAGCCCUCCAGUAUUGAGUCCGAAUAUACUGAAUCCAACACUUCUUAGUGGUCCUAUAUUCAGCCCUUUGGUUCUCUCUCCAAGUAUUCAAUCAAGAGCAAUUUGGGGUAUCAGUUUAUUCUCGCCUAGUGCUUUUUCUUGA